GGGAUUUGAAAGUACAUUUGCGUCCGCGUGUUCGUUUACCCUCUAAUGGCAGUGCCACUGCGGACCUUGUAGCGUUUGACGUCACCGCGAGCAUGAACAAUACAUCGCGUAAAGUGAAAAACCCGUUGCUGUCCGCCGCAGGUGCGGGCUUUCCGUUCGAGAAUUACACGGAGAAUGCGUUGCUGGUGCCCGUCACACCUGCGACUCCCGCCGUGCUUCGAGACGAUGUGGAGCUCGACAACUUCGUAGGGCAGGAGCCGGUCAAUAACAAUCAGCCUCAAUUUUCGCCAAAGACGCACGAGCCUCCUCCUACGAAUGCAUCUCCUCAGUCAAAUGAAAGUAAGGACACGGCAAGUCAGCCAACGAAACAAGGCAUUUUUACAUCGAUCCUCUCUCCCCUCUUGCCGAACUUGUCAUUGUCAUCGAAUAAAAACGAUUCCCCGGGGACGCAAAUAAGCCAGACGCCCGAGACUAUUAGCGGAGCGACACACGAAUCCAAUCCUUACGCUUUCUCGCAAGGGCGCCAUGGUUCCCAGCAGGAUGCGCCGGGAUUCUUAGCGACUAAUCCCCAGAAAACUUCAAGCGCAGACCUGUCAGGAUUUGCUGCUUUCAAUCUUGCCGGUACUUUACCGAAUCCUCCGCAGUCUACGGCUCCACCCAAUUUACCUGCGACUAGAGAUGCUCCAGUUUGUUAUCGACUUGGUAAUCAGCGACGUCUGAAGUAUGCACCGCCACCCGAUCUAACGUCUAACAAAGCGAAGCAAUAUCUGAAUCCAGAGAUAGAAACAUUCUUCCCGACUCAAAAUAUAUGUACCGUACCGCCGACUAUUUUGAAUCCAUACGAGUCCGAGGGGUUCCUGCAAAGUAAGAAUAGCAGCGUGCAACAGAUCGGUCCUCCAUCCGAGCAAAUUCCAACUUCCGAGCAGUUAUCGCGCAACAGCUCUCUCCACAGCUCGUUUCGAUCCAGUCCAGUCGGACCGGCAUAUAAUUCGCCUUUAGCGUCCGCAAAUCAAAUUCCUCCUUGCGAGAAUUCUUCCGUGCCGUCGCAAUUUACUUCGUCGCCGGCUAGACCGAUACCUUCGCGGUUACUGGAACCUGCAACACCGCAAAACACCCCGGCAAACAUUUCCAACUCGUUCUCCAGCUUCGUCCCUUACUUGAACCGAGAUCUUCCGUCGACUAAUUCAGAAAAAGAGGCAGCCGCGUUUAAGAGCCCAAAUCAGCUAAAUUCGCCGCCAGAGUUUUCGAGAGACGGCAUCGCCGAGACGACGGAGGAACCUGCCAAUAAACCGUCAUUGACAUUAAGAGAGACCGACGUGACGUUCACACCGAUAUUGGCAGCUCAGGUGACAGAGAAGUUGGAACAUCUGCUUGCCGAACGCGAGGAAAGUUUCCCCCGCGAGGUGUCUUCCGAAGCUUCCUCAGAAAUUGACGAAGUUACGUCCAACGUCGCCAGCGAAUUAGCGAAAUCCUUCGAACUGCAAAGCGAGACGCCGCAAACUGCAAACGAGUUCGCCGAAAGGCCGUACGAGACGAAAUCAAAUAAUAUCCAGGAGAAAACCGCAUAUUCUACAAAUAAUACUUUGAGCGACGUGUUCCUCGGACAAAAAUCGCUAUCGUUGACGCGGCCGGAAGUAUACACAGCCGAUAAUCACGCAGUCGUAACCGAUAUCCAAGCGGCUAAAUCGAACGCACAUCCGUCCGAACAAUAUUCCCAGGUGCAACCGACAUCCCCACCGUGUCCCAUUUUUCAACAGACGAACAAGCCAGCGGAUCAAAAAUCGAGCUUGAAUUACGUGCCGUUCGUACGGCCUGUGCACCAAAACAUUUUUUACGUGCCGCUGAAACCAACGGAACAAUCCGCGAGCGUAUACUUCGAAUCAACGGCGAAGAGCAGGCUCCCGGACCCUCCUUCGUCUCAGGAGAACAAUUGGAAUCCACCUGUCGCUGAAUCGGUACUUGACGCGACGAACAAUUUGCAACAAGUUCAAGAAAUAUCUGCGUUUAAUUCCACAGCGACUGACCUCCCGGUUCAUGCGCCCUUUUGGAACGCCGAUCAAUCGCUGAACGCUGCAUUCGGUAAUCAAUCGACGUCCAUCGCGCUCAACCAACCACCACCUCCUACAUUUUAUAACCCUACGGAAUUUGCGGCGCGUCAAUUGCCCCAGCAGCCGACCUUCUCGUCCGACCAGCAUCCCGCCCAAUCGAGUCAGGGCGCAUCCUUUUACGAAAGUACCACCGGGUUUCAGCAGGCUUUCGCUGUUCAGGACAAUAGUACCGCAUAUCCUUUGUCUGUUGUUUCUAUGACAACAGUACCCGAACCAACAGGAUCUGCCACACUCAGCCCUGUUCAAAUGUCGACCAAUUCGCUAAGCAGUCGCUCCGCGCAAGACACCAUCCCACCAAGUUUCCAGAACUUGGCCUCCGGAUCUCCUGAGCAACGUGUACAGUACAGACCGGUGUAUCACCAUUGGUUCUACCGUAAGGAAGUGGAAACGAAAAUAUUAUGGCAUCCGUUUUCCAUGCAGGACAGCUUAAAAUUAGAAGAAGUUCACAAUUCCAGCGAAAUUACGACAGAAACGACAGUAGCUACCGAUGGCGGCCGUUACGAUGUCAGUAUCAUGCGUCGUCAGAGAGCGCCCGUAUAUUGGACAGGAACGUCUAAUGAAGUUAGACGAUGUUCUUGGUUCUACAUGGGACCGAUUGAAUCGAAAUACGUUCCUUACGACGAGAAAACUGCCACGAAACUUGAGGAGGAAUAUAAAAUGGCGUGCAUCACAAAUGUCUGGAAUAGGAGAGUCGAAUUGAAUAACGGGGAAUAUAUUCUCUUCCACAGCGCCACAGUCCAAGUUCAUUAUUUACAACCGAACUCCUCCGAGAUGUCAGGAUCUUGGGGAAAUAGCACGGGUUCAGCGGACAGUACAUAUUUACAGGGUAUUGCAAAUAGGCCGAAAGUCGUUAGAAGAGGAGUCAGUGAAUUCAACAUAGACGAAGGCGAACCCGAGAAAGUGGAUCAUCUUCUGUUCCUCGUUCAUGGUAUAGGUAGUGUUUGCGACCUAAAAUUCCGCACCGUAGAAGAAGUCGUCGAUGAAUUCCGAAGUAUAUCCCUUCAACUGGUACAGUCUCAUUUUCGCACCGCGAGCCUGCAAGGAAUGGUAAAUAAGAUCGAGGUUUUGCCAAUCUCCUGGCAUGCGACGCUUCAUUCCGGCGAUACAGGAAUCGACAAGAAGCUGCAGGCUAUCACGUUGGAAAGUAUUCCGAAACUGCGACAUUUCACCAAUGACACCUUACUCGACAUACUUUUCUACACCAGUCCCGUAUAUUGUCAAACCAUCAUGCACACAGUCGGUGGUGAGAUGAACAGACUGCACGCAUUGUUCAAAGAAAGAAACCCGACUUUUGACGGAGGAGUAUAUAUAGGCGGUCAUUCGUUGGGUAGUUUAAUCCUGUUUGAUUUGCUGUGCCAUCAGAAACCAAUCGUGGAGAAAACUGAAGAGGAAAGUGACGAUGAUGGUAGUGAUAAAGCCGACAACGAUUGCAUCGGUUCUGUUAAGCCAAUGCCCGCGCCCAUUCUAAAAAGACGUCUUAGCAAAAGAAUCAGCUACGUAAUGGGCGCGGCAGGGACUGGACAGCCUUUCAUACAUUAUCCGCAACUCAACUUUCAACCAGGUGCCUUUUUUGCCCUCGGCAGUCCCAUUGGCAUGUUCGUAACUGUUCGAGGCAUCGAAACUCUCGGAGAGAACUUCGUCUUUCCAACUUGUAAAUCUUUUUUCAAUAUCUUUCAUCCCUUCGACCCGGUGGCUUACAGAGUGGAAUCCUUGAUCAAUCCCGAUGCCUACAAGUACCGACCUAUGUUAAUACCGCAUCACAAAGGCAGGAAAAGGAUGCAUUUAGAACUGAAGGAGACAAUGGCACGCGUUGGAGCGGAUCUGAAGCAAAAGUUACUCGACUCCGUGAAAAAUACGUGGAAUUCCAUCUUUCAACUGUCCAUGUUUUACAAGCCGGACAAUCAAGCCCUGGCAAACGAGAUUGAUAAGGUGGUCGAAGAGCAGCUGCAGCAAUCGCAGAACGAAAUGGAGCAACGCAACAACGAUGACGGUGGCGCGAAUAUAACAAUAGGUAAACUAAAUGGCGGUAGAAGGAUAGAUUACGUCCUCCAAGAAGCGCCUUUCGAAUACAUCAAUGAAUACAUUUUCGCCCUCACGAGCCAUAUCUGUUAUUGGGAAUCCGAGGAUACCAUGCUUCUGAUACUAAAGGAGAUGUAUGGAUCCAUGGGUAUACAGACCGACGCGCAGCUUCCUCAGCAGACGAUGUCGAUCGAGAGAGCGUCACCUUCACCUUCCUUGAACUUAGCCGCCUUAUCGCCGAGCAGAAGCAACGUAGGAACACCAUCACCCGUUAUGGGGGUAGAUCCUACAGUGCCUAUAUCCAACAAAUCUGUCGGCCCUCCACCGAAGGCCGGUUUUGUACGGAAAUCGUGAUCAACGGGAUGUCUUUCUCGGAACUAUGUACCACGAUAAUUGGAUCACGUUGAAAGGAAUCAAUCUUAUUUCCGGUUCGUAUUCAAAAUCGACGGAUCGACGGUUAGAAUUGCAUUUGAACAUUGUAGUUAAGGCAAAAAUAUCGAGGAAGGUCAAAUCAAACUCUGUAUUUUACGGUAUCUCUUUAUUACUCUGAUAGAUUUUCUUAUUACAAGUAAAUUAAUCGGCGAUAUACGUAUGUGUGAGAUGUUAAUUGCACUAUGACGAGCUCGGCCUACGUGACCUAUCGUCUCGACGAAGUUUAGUCUAUCUUAUUUGUUGUCUAAAGCUGUAUAAAGGAGAGAAACCAGUUAUUAAAUGUUAAUGACAAGAAGAUGUGAAUAAUAAUUUGAAUUAUUGAUACUUCUGAUUGUAAAUAAUCGACGAUUUGCACGUGCAGUUGUGAGUGUGUGAUGCGCGCGGAAUGUUGAAGGGGAUGGAUAUUGCAAUGAGAACGUGCAAAUGGAAUUACGUGUAAAUACACGGUUUAUAGUCGAUUAAGAGGAUUGUAGAUUAUAUAAACUUCGACGAUACAUUUCAACGAGUCGUGAGAAUAUUGAUUUGAAUUCUCAUGUACGUACGUGUUUUAAUAAAUUACUGUAUUCUUUUA